AAUUGUUAUCAAUAAUUCAGCAUCAAAAGAGCAUUUUACUUGGUAGCGAGAUUGUGUAACUCGCCAUUGUGAAAUCCAAGCUUGAACAGUUCGUUUUUUACUUGAAAAGUUGAAGAAAGUCUAUUUUAGAAGGCUCUCCAAUGUUCUAAACAGCACAACGAUUCAAGUUCACGAGAAGUAUUUGCUCCAUUUCGUCCUUUUUCCACCUGAAAUGCUCGUUGAACUCAGAAAACAGAACCCCUUCUUAUGGAAACUCUCAGUAUAGGUCUUAUAUCGAGUCCCUUCAUCUUCAAAGGCUCCCCACGACCUACCAGGUCUUUUUCCACCAACUUCUUGGCUUUUGGGUUUAAUCAAUUCAAAAAGCUUCCAAGGUUUCCCCAUAAGUUGUCUUGUACCAGUCGUCCAACAACUAGGAACCAGAAAUCUGAAGGCGGUGAUCGCAGUUUUGGUUCGAAUCUCUUCUGGGUUUUGGUUCCCGUGCUGCAAAGUAUCAAAGGCGUUGUGUUGUCCAAAACCCACAAAGCUCAGAGUGUUUCAGAGAGAUUUGUAGAUGGGGGUUUGAAUGGAAGUUACUUACAAAGUGGGAGUUUCGGGAUUGCUUUGUUAAGCAUAACCGCAACCGCGAAGCAUCGGAUUAGUCCGUUCGUUGCUACAUUGGCGACGAACCCGACGUUUGUUUCGGGGUUGUUCGCGUGGUUCUUUGCACAAUCGACGAAGGUUUUGUUGAACUUUUUCGUGGAAAGGAAAUGGGAUUUGAAAAUAAUGUUUGGUUGUGGUGGGAUGCCUUCGUCUCACUCUGCAUUGUGCACGGCUUUGACGACUUCGGUGGCUCUUUGUCAUGGCGUAGCGGACUCCCUUUUUCCUGUCUGCUUGGGGUUUAGUCUCAUUGUUAUGUACGAUGCUAUUGGCGUUCGUCGACAUGCCGGCAUGCAAGCUGAGGUUCUUAAUCUUAUCGUUGAGGACUUGUUUCAAGGGCAUCCCAUAAGCAAAAGAAAGCUGAAAGAGCUGCUUGGUCACACGCCAUCGCAGGUCCUUGCUGGUGCUCUGCUAGGCAUUGCGGUCGCUUGGUUCUUUUGUCAGGGUUCCAUGAUUCCAUAUUGAACUCAACUUCGUUGGAAUUCAACCCUUUUCACUAUGGAAAUGGCCCAUUUGUUUGCGUUAUGGCUCAUAAAUGGCAUCAACAAGUCGGUUAAUUAAGAGCAUAGCUUUCUUCUUUGUUCUACCAACGAAGGAAAACAGAGCAUGUUCUGUUUUUUGCAUCCAUGGAAAAGUACUUCUUCACUCAAUUUUUCAUUUUAUGAAGUGCUUUUAACUCAACUAGUUGAUUAUUGUGAACUUUGAAAUCACUUAUUCUAAAAAUUACUCUGUGUUUCAUAUAA